GCUUGUGCUUUUCUUUAAAAACUUGAAACCCUUCUCUCCUUACAAUUUCCAGUAACCCUCCUUGGGGUAGGUAUGGUUUUUAUCCAAAACCACACAUUGCCAUUAUCAAAAAUGAUAUUUUUAAUCCUUAACUCUUCCAUCAGUAUAUGAUCAUUAUGGCACUUCUCUUUAUUAUUCAAAUGUCAGUCUCAAUUGGUGCGAUAGCAGUUUCUCAUGAGCAGCAGUCUAAACUAAUGGAGGCUGGAUGGAGUAGGAUGUCAGAUAAGAUGAAAAAUGAAAUUCAAGAGAUUAAAGAUUGUUGUGGAUUUAAAAAUAGGACUUUAACACCAAAUGAUCCUAAAAUGGGGCACCCAAAUUGCGAUGAGUUGAAGUGCUGUACUAAUCAAAGCCCUGAAUGUCUAACCUGUGAAACGUGCUACAAUAAGCUAGAAGAUGUUGUCAACCAUCUGCUAAAAGUAGCUGGAGGUGUUGGUCUGUUCUUCAGUUUCACUUUGCUCUUGGGUCUGUGUUUGACGAAACGUGUGCGGAACAGACAACAGAAACUCUAUUUUGACUGAGGCAGGUGACGUUCCGAGCUUCGGGCUGUUCUGACAACCACCGAGAAGAAUCUUUUAACAGGAGUAGAAUCUUUUUAGCUAGUAUUUAAAUAGUAAGAUUAUUGUUGAAAGCAACUAGGCGUGGAAUAAAGUUCGCAUAUUUCGUAGAGUACAAGGAAUGACUGGGAUUUCAGUAAAAGCGUACAAAGAGAUUCAUCUUAGUUUACUCUAGCCUCCUCCAGUCGUUCAGUUAGUUGGGGCGCAGCGCGAAGAAUGAAGCACAAAAAGAAUUGGGUGGAAGCGCGGCGCACCAUGUACCAAGCCUCUCUCUUCUUUUUUCGCUUCGCUGUUGUUUUCGCGCGCUGCGUCCUAACUAACUGAACACAAUGCUGAACACAUGGAAGAGGCUAAGUCUACCCUUCAGUUGACAGGGGAUCGUUCGCGCAUAUUUUCAAGGGUCAGUUAAGUUCCCGGGGUUAAGUUGCACAUUAUCGAUGAACCUAAGAGUCUGCGAGGGAGCGAUCCAAAAAAA